CGCUUCUCACUCAGUUUCAGUUGGUGUUUUGGAGCCGCGCCGAGCCGACCUCUUCGCCGAGCGCUUUUCGAAAGCCACACCACCUGUCUGUUCCAAUCGGUUGACCCCAAGCAGCGGACAGUGUCUGUUUACAUACACUCAGUGCGUGUACCCCUACUUCACUCACACUCGCGGAGACACUUGUUGAGCGCGGCUCAUUUAUGUGUGGCCCGUUGAAUGGGAUUUUGCCACGAUCAGCAGGCCUUUGACAUGUCCGGCGGUGCCCUCGUCUUGCCACAGGCCCCCGCGGGGGAGUCUCACCAGACCAUACCUGAGCCCAACAACAAUGAACAGCAAAAACCAUACAGGUGAGAUCAUCAAGUCCAAUACCGGCGGGAUGACGACGACGCAGCCAGCCGAAAUCCCGAUAUGGGUAAACGGGGCGCAGCGCUGGAUCUCGGGCAUCGGCCGCAAGACGACCUGCGACGACGUGAUCCGCGUGCUGCUGCGCUCCGAGGGCUGCCACACCGAGGCCAAAGACAAGGAGGACAAGCACUACGCCAUUGUGGAGCGAUGGAAAAAGGUGGAGCGGCCCCUGGACGGCCGCUCGCGCAUCCUCAAGGUGUGGACGGCGUGGGGCGACGAGCAGGAGGCGGUGCGUCUCACCCUGAAGCGCGUCAACCCGACGACGCCACGCGAGGUGAAGCACCAUCACCGGCGCAGCUCGCGCGGCCACAACCGGGCGCGCCUGCUGCAAACCGUGCACCCAAAGCGGCUGAUUGACGACGAGAAUAAGCCCUUCUCGGACACCAUCGAGCACCUGAUGAAACUGAUCCUGGCGCAGGGCGAGACCAUUCAGACGCAGCUACGGCGACUACACGACCGCGACGAGCAGAUCCUGAGCAUCGAGCACCAGGUGCACAGCUCGCGGCAGGAGCGGCUCGGUUCCAACUACCUGCUCGAGACCUACCUGAAGGACCUGGACGCGAACAAGGGUGGUGAGGACGACAGCGGCGUGGCCGAGGUCGAGAACGCCAAGCAGGAGGAGGAGGAGGGCGAGGUCGCCGGCGAGGCCGAGGAGCCAGAGGACGCGGAGGACACCGAGGCGCAACGGGCUCUAGUGGAGAUGCGUGCGUGCAUCGCGUUGUGGGAGCGCGUGGUGCGCGUCAAUAAGCGGCUGGAGAAGGAGGAGCAGUGUCUGGUGAAGUUGCACGUCAAGCUGCGCAGGCUGUCCGAGGCCGAGCCUGCGCAGGAGGCCACCGACCUGAUCACAAGCGAGGCGAUCGCCAUCGUCAAGGAGCAGAUCGAGGAGGCCGACGCCGUGUGCAACGCCCAGCAGAUGGAAAUCGACCAGAACGAGCUGCGGCUACAGGAGACGUGCGAGCAGCUGCAGGAGCGCCACCGUCUCCUCGACUACCUGCAGGAGGAGCUGCGCGAGAGCGAGCUCGAGGAGGAGCAGCUGAGGCACUGGCUGCAAGAGCUCACCUACAAGAAGCACCAGCAGAUUCAGCAACAGCAGCAGAUGCACCACGCCAUGCUGACCAAGCAGUUCACGCAGGCCGCCACUGUGACGACGACUCCGGCGGCCAGUACGGGGGCCAUCCGCAAGCAGAUUGAGGGUGACACAGACUCCAACUCAGACACGGGACUCAGUUCGCUUCACAGCAGCAGUGAGGAGGGGGUCUACGUGUUGGACACUCUGGUCUGAAUGCGUUGCGCGGCAUAAGAUCGACGGUGGCGCCGCUGAUUACCAUUAGGCUUAAGCGUUUCCUCUUGGCGUGCGUUCCCACUAUACACUUAUACGUAUGUUGUACACUUAUACGCCACUGUUGAUAAUUUUAUUUCCUUUGUAACUAUGAUAAAGAGCAAAUUCAAACCUAAGCUAUCAGAAUAAUUUGGUUAUUGUAAUCGAGAAAAUUAAUAAUUGUGCGUCAGAGAGAAAUCAGAUGAAUCAGAGCAUGAUGCGCCGAAGUGAUAAUUUUGUUAAUGCAUCUCAUCCUGUGUGUUGUUCCAGACUCAUAUUGUUUCAGCGUCACAAUGAUGAAUUAAUAACCAAAUGAUAUAUUUCUCGAGUAUUAUGAAUAGAAAGUCGCGGAGCUUUUCUCGUUUCCUAUACACUUCUUUUCUUUCACGUUUCGCUCUUGUUGCUCUCCGCACAACACAACAAUGCUAAUUUGAAUAAUGAAUAUUCACCAGCAUCUCCCUUCUUUAAUAUGUCUGUCGCAACGUUGGAUCCCGCUGGUGCAUAGCAAGCAUUGCUUCUGGAAAGCCUGAAAAUCUGACAACUCGAGUACAAAAUGUCAGUUAUCAUGAUGCCAGUAGUGUUUUUCGUCUUUUAUUCAUUGCACAUCAAACGAGCCGAAUUUUGUGAAAUACCGCACAGCAUGUUUCAAAUUAAUCGGAGCGUGAUUAGGUACAAUUGAAGAACAAAAAAAGAAUUGAUUAGGAGGUAUUUCACCGCUCCCUGGGACAAUUAACCACGCAUUAAUUCGUGUCCGAAGUCGCUCCUUUCAAACAAAUCGUUGAGUGUGUUGCAAUUGAAGGCGACCAACACCAAAACCAAUCUCGGCACCGUUAACCGCUAGCCGAUUGCACCUCAAAUUGAAUUAUUCGCCGAAAUUUAUUGUAAACUCCCUCGUCAUGAGACGGCUAUGUCAAAGAAUAGAGCUAACAAAAAACGGCGGUUACAAUCGUUUAACUGCACGAACCAAAUUGAUUUACUUGAUAAUUAACAAUUCCCAAUGAUAUUUUGUUUUAAGUACAUCCUGUCCUAGUCACAAAUUAUUGAAUAAAGAAUUGUAUAAUGUACAAGAAA